UCAGGCAGGUUCCCUUUCUGCAGCGAGCCGGCUUCCUCCUCUGCAGAAAACGCGCCACAGACAGACUUUGAGAAGCUCCCGCUGCACGCCGCCGCUCAACUGUGGGGGAAGCACCUCAGGGCGAGCAGAAGGAACUUCGAGGCGCGCGUCUCCUCCGUCUUUCCCGCCCGCCCGCCAGCCAGCUGCGCUCCUGCCCUUUCAUGGCUUUCGGCAGGCAGCUUUCGGGGCGCCUUGUUUUUCCCAGCGGCUGCCGCUCUUUACAAGCGGCCUCGGCGUCGCCGUCCAACUUUAAAGGUACGCGCCGAGCCGCCGAGUCCUGGCGCGUCUCUCCAAAGCGUCCCUGAACUGAGGCGAGCGCAGAGACGAGGGAAAGAGAGCGGAUCCUCUUCGUGCCCCCCCCCUCCCUUCCUCCGACACCCGCGGGGCCACAGCGGCGAGCGCGCGGCGCCCAUGGCAGCGCCGUUUGGAGCGCUAACUUCUCUCCGCCUGCCCCCUCUGCUCCCCGAAGAAGUGCUUCUCGGCUUCUUCGCAGCCGACGGAUCCAAGCAGCAGCAGCAGCAGCAGCAGGACCCGGGGAGCGGAGGCUUGUGAACGAGCGCCCGCGGGUCCAUCUCUUCUCGGGCGCCCUGACAGGGAGGUGGUGUGGAGCUCGCCCGCCCGCCCGGCAGCUCUGCUUCGCACCCUCUGGUUGGCAGCUUGGCACGAACCAAUGCAGAUGCAGCCCGGGUUUUAGCUGGGCUCUUUCAGACAGCCGGGGAAGCUCCGUUUGCUUUGGCGGCUGCUGCUGCAGCAGCAGCUGUUUCCACCUGCGCCUUCUUGGUUAUUCAUCAGCGGGCUUUCCAUUCCUGGCAUUUCUUCCCGAACGUGGUCUUGAUUGCCAACUGAUCGCCUUCGGCUGCUGCUCUCCCCGGGUGUCAUGCAGUCCCUCAUUUCUCCUGUGACCAAGGCGAUUCUGGUGGCUUUGUUCAUCUUCGCCAUCCUUCUCAUCCUAUAUGUGAUUCUCUGGUACAUCUGCCGAGAUGUGGAUUGCGAUCAUGGGAUCUGAUUGCGGAUGCUGGGCAAAGGCUUAACAGGCGACUUCUCACUGCCUUCUAGAACUGUGAGGGAGAAGCGACUGACUGGGGGAGAACCAGAGGAAGGUGGAGGACGAAGGGGGUGGUAGCAAUAAAGGCGAGAAAAGACAACCAAGUAUUCUGGGGGUCCUAGAGGGAGAACUACAGUCGAAGUGAGCAAGAUUGACCUUCAGGGAUCAGGAUGACCUGGUGCUCAUUAAUGAGUGAAGAAUCAAAAGGGGUUGGGACAGUGGCUAAGAAGCAAUGGAGAAUAAAACUUUGGAAACUUCCCCAUCAGACCUAAAGUUAGUGGCCCACCCAAGAGCAAAGAGUAAAGUAUGGAAAUACUUUGGCUUUGAUACCAAUGCAGAGGGAUGUAUAUUACAAUGGAAGAAGAUCUACUGCCGCAUUUGCAUGGCACAGAUUGCUUAUUCAGGAAAUACAUCCAACCUCUCUUACCAUCUUGAAAAGAAUCACCCAGAUGAAUUUUGUGAAUUUGUGAAAAGCAACACUGAGCAAAUGAGAGAGGCUUUUGCAACUGCAUUUUCAAAACUGAAGCCUGAAUCAUCUCAGCAGGUUGUUCAGGACAACUUAAUUAUGAAAACAAGUCACAAUUAUGAGAAUAAAAAGCAUCAAGAGCUGACCUCAGCAGUGAUUAGUUUAAUCUGUGAAGGAUUACAUCCUCCAUCUAUUGUCGAUGAACCCACAUUUAAGAGUCUCUUAAGAACAGCUGAUCCCAGAUAUGAACUUCCUUGCAGAAAGUACUUCUGCACAAAAGGAAUUCCUGAAAAAUAUGUUGCCGUUAGAGAGAUUGUGUUAAAAGAAUUGACAGACAUUCCGUGGUGUGGCAUAUCAACUGAUAUAUGGAGAAGUCAUAGUCAGAAUAGAUCCUAUGUAACAUUGUCUGUUCAUUUUCUUAGUACUGGUUCUUCUGGCAGCUUGGCUAUUAAUUCUCGUUGCCUAAAAACAUUUGAAGUUCCAGAGGAAAACACUGCAGAGACAAUUACAAGAGUCCUGUAUGAGAUAUUUAUUGAAUGGGAAAUUAAUACCAAAGUUUUUGGGGCUACAACGGACAAUGGGAAAGAUGUAGUGAAAGCUUGCUCUCUUUUAGACAUCUCAAUACAGAUGCCAUGCUUAGGUCAGACUUUCAAUGCAGGUAUACAGCAAGCUUUUCAGCUUCCUAAAUUGAGCAGUGUCCUAUCUAGAUGUCGAAAACUAGUGGAAUAUUUUCAGCUAUCUGCAGUAGCCAUGUACAUGUUGAGUGAGAAGCAGCAACAGCAGAACAGUUUGCAUUGCAUGCUUGUGAGUGAUCGUGUUUCCUGGUGGGGCAGCACACUUGCCAUGCUGCAACGUCUUAAAGAGCAACAGUUUGUCAUUGCUGCAGUACUUGUGGAAGAUAGCAAUAAUCACCACCUGAUGCUGGAAGCUAAUGAAUGGAAUACAAUUGAAGGGCUGGUGGAUUUGCUUCAGCCAUUCAAGCAGGUAGCUGAGAUGAUAUCUGCUUCCAAGUACCCAAGGAUAAGCAUGGUGAAACCUCUUCUUCACAUGCUGUUAAAUACAACAUUAAGUAUAAAAGAAAAUGACUUAAAAGAAAUAAGCAUGGCAAAGGAGGUGAUUGCCAAGGAACUAUCAGCAACAUACCAGCAUAAUCCUGAGAUAGACAUGUUUCUCAGUGUUGCAACUUUCUUAGAUCCAAGAUACAAGAAAUUGCCCUUUCUUUCGACUUUUGAAAAACAACAGGUUGAGAACAGAGUGCUGGAGGAAGCAAAAAGUAUCCUGGAAAAAAUAAAAGACAAUACUUCGAGGCCUGAGGAAAAAUUGUUUGCAGUGUCAGAAGAGCCACCAGUGAAAAAAGCAGCAAUUGCUUCCACGCUUCCUCCUACUAGUGCUAUCAAUAAUAUGCUUGCAGAAAUAUUUUGCCAGACGGGGAGUGUUGAAGAUCAAGAGGAGUGGCACGCUCAGAUUAUUGAGGAACUGAGUAAUUUCAAGUCACAGAAAGUCCUUGGGCUCAGUGAAGAUCCACUCAAGUGGUGGUCUGAUAGACUUGCUUUGUUUCCUGUUUUGCCAAAGGUGCUUCAGAAAUACUGGUGCAUUGUAGCUACAAGGAUCUUUCCAGAACGUCUUUUUAGUUCUUCAGCCAAUGUUGUUAGUGCUAAAAGAAAUCGGCUAGCCCCAGCUCACGUAGAUGAGCAGGUUUUUCUGUAUGAAAACACUCAUAGUGGAUCUGAAGCUGAACCUGAUGAAGAGGAUGAAGGAGAGUGGGGAUUGGAACAGGAUCAUAUGAUCAAUCCAAGUAACACAGCAAAUGGGAGCAGCAGUUUUUUAAAUAUGCGUGAUAAUGGCUUCAUGUAGAAGCAAUAGACUUUCAGACAAAAGCUAAUGGUCUUAAAUUACCAAACCAAAAAAAAUAUAACUAUUUUAAAAAUGUACAACUUCAACAUACUGUAGGUAGGUUUUGUAUGUAGAAUAUGUGAGUAAGUCUGGAUCAUGGUUGUGAUUUGUGAUUCAAGAAGACAAAAUGGCAUAAAAGUUAUAAGUAUAGAGUCAGGAAAAGCUACAGGUAUAUUUUAUCAUUGAUUUAGAAAUAGGAUGUAUAAAUAGUAAUUUAUAAAUGGUUAGUCACCUGCUAUACAAUCCCUUUAAACAAUAUUUUCAGCAAAUAUAUGAUUUAAGGUCAAUAUGCAAAGUGUUUUUGAUGUAGGAUUUUUGAUUUUUAAAAGUUUUGAUAUAAGUGUCCACACAUUUAAAUAUUUAAAGCUUUUGAAAUGUCAAUUUAUCAGAGAUUAAUUAUGUAAAGGAUCUAAUGUUUGAUAGACUCGUGUUAUUUCUGACAACCAGAUUAUUUCUAUUUUGUUAAAUAGAAGUGUUAGGAUUUUUAUUUUUAUUUGGUUAUAGUGAAAUCUUGGUACAUGUACUGGGUAUGCUAUGCUACAAUGCAGCUGUAGGAACCUGCAGACUUUCAGAUGUAGUUGAAUUUUAAUAUUCUUUUCAGGAGCUUCAUAUUGUGUUUGUGGUAAGGAUUAAUGAUAAAGCAGUGUUGUCAUCUGUGCUAUAAACUAAAUGUAACCUUUCCAAAAUUAAUAUAAUGGCAAAAAAUAUUAAGGUUGCUCUAUCAGCAAAUGAAUAUGAGGUUAAAUUAUAUCACCAUAUUGUUACAAGUCAUUAGUUUUGUAUCUUGUACUAUUGCCAAGCAAUCAUUUGCAAAGCUUAGUGCUUCUUUCAUUUGUACCUUCAAGAAAACCUCUCUAUAUAAAGUGACAUCAUGCUUCUAGGCAUCAUUCCAGAUGUAUCACAUUGAUAUAUCUGCUUUGCUAAUUUAUUCCAUAAAUUCUAAACUUCUGUUGCAUGGGAACAUCUGUGCCAAAUGGUAAUAGUUCUUAUUAUGUCAUACCUGACAUGAAAUUUACUAGCUUCUACUACUAGCUUCUAGUUCAAUAUCAUGGUGUCUCAUGUCACUCAAACAUGGUAGAUUUUUGCUUAUAAGUGUUAAAAUUAAUGUUCUAGACAUUUGUAGAGUGCUUCAGACAUCUCUUCUCAACAAUGGGUGUAUUGCUGGAGUGAUAGUCAUACUUGAGAAUUACCAGGCUGUGGAAGGAUAGACUUAGAAAGUCUUUUGAAAUAACACUUACUGUUUUGAAGUUGGAAUUUCUCUGCUGAUAUUUUUUUUAGUUCUAAUUUGAUGCUUACCUCUUUUUUUUGAGGUACCAUUUAUUGUAAUUUCAACAGAAUAAUUUCAACAGAUAAUUUCAACAGAAACAGUUCUUGAAUGCUUCUCAUAGUUAUGCUCUUUUCCAGAAAUGAUUAACUAUGUAGAAAAUUAGCAGAGAAGAGUUUUGAGACACGACACAUAGAUUUGUGUGUAUCAGUUUAUGUCACCAAUAUAACGAACUCUGCCCUGGAAUGUACUCUUAUAAAUAAGAGUUGAUAAGUAGAUUAAGUAAGGCACUUGAUUGUUUCUCAACCGAUAAUCAACCUAUUAAAGCAGACAUAGGUAUAAUUGUGAAAUUUCCUAUUCUAAAUAGUUGUUAGAUAAGUAGAAAGGUCUGACAGAGUCUUCUGAAUGCUGUUUUAGGCUUGCUCUAUUCAGAUAUAGCUGAUAGAUUCCACUUUGAGCUUUGGUUUCUAUAAAAUGAUCACGGUAUGAUAAAGAGUUCUCAUUUCUAUCUCAUUUAGCAUCUUAUGCCCAGUAAUAGAAGGAAAGAAACAAAUGUACAAAUAAGUCUGUGCAUGUUAGAAUACAUCUAACAUCUAUUUAUGUUAUAUUUCAACAUGGGGCACAAAAAAAAGAUUAUAAUCGGAAAUGCAAAUUUUAUAGCGUAAAAUAGAAUUCAAUCUUUGAGCUAUAUAGUCACAGUAUUAAUAGCUAGUAGCAUUUUUAGAUACCAUGUGAAAUGUACAACUUUCAAUUGUUCAAUAAUCUGUUAUUCUAAAUUCUACAUGUGGAUAUAGAUUUUUCAUACAAUAUUUUCCUGUGUAAAUCUAGUCUUUAAAAGGUUAUCACAUUUCAAAAAUUCCAACUGUAAUUGGAAAAAAUGAAAGAAAAAUGGUCACAAUACAAAAUGUAUUUUUUUUAAUUUUAUGAGCCUUUAUAUUUCUAGUUAAUUAUGAUAUAAUUGUAAUAUUUAGUAAAUUGUACUAAAUACUAUUCCUGUUCUUUCCAUUUCUAUUAUGUAAUUUUAUAAUCAUACUUCAUUUUUAAUAAACAUUUUGAAGUAAAAAUCAUGAAAUGUUUUCUUAAGAUUUUAACUGAAUAGAAUACCUCUUCACCAAUGUCCAGUUCAUAAUAAUAGUCUUUAGAGCCUGAUUUUUGAGACACUGUAUAUCAUUUUAUAGAAGUACUUAGUCUAUGCCUCUGAAUUUUUUCCUCAAAAUAAAUUUCUUAUGUACAAACUUGACUAUUUGUGUUACAAUAAACAACAAAC